AUGAGGUCAUCAACCAAUUCAUCAUCAACUUCAAAAUCAUCUCAUCAUACUUUACUUUCAAUCGAUCAACAAUCUCAUCAUCAACACUCAAAUCAUCAUGAAUUCAAUAAUGACCAUGAUCGAACUAACUUCAAAUCACAUCCAUAUAAACCUAUUAGAGAUUGGCUAAGAAGAGCACGUAGGAAAUCAUCAUUCAAAUUACCUGCUCUUAUCACUGCUUUACUCACUACUUUGGCUUUCUCAAUUUGGUGGAUUAGAAUACCAUCAUCAACUUGGAGGAGACCUAGGUUUUCAUUUGGUGUAGAUCAUCAAUCAUCAAGUUCAAUCGAAUCCUUAACCACCACCACCACAAAAUCAUCAAGGAAUUGGCCACUGUUUACCCUCCUCAUCGCACCUCAUCCUGGUAGACCAAUUCAAAUCAACCUAGACAUCAUACUAAAAUCAAUACCAUCACAAACUGCUCAUCUACAGCUUCAUUCCAUCACAUUGAUUUGCACAUCGCCAUCCUCUUGUCCAUCUACAAUACCAUCUCAAGUUCAAAAACUCACCAAUCUCAACUCAUUCUAUCCACACCCAGAUUCAAAAGCGGUCCUCUUGAUCGAAUCAGAACUUGGAUUAUCAGACCUCAAUCCUGAUUGGAUCUCUAAUGCUCUUGAUUUAUUAUUCCUGGAUCCUCAAAAACCAAGAUCAGAUCAGAUCAUCAGUGCAACGGGACUGAUCCGAUCUCAUCAUCAUCACCUACCUACUCGAUUAGAGUGUAUAGUAGGAGAUGCUCAAACCAUCACUCGAGUCGAAUUACCCUUGACACCGAUCCUCAUCAAAUCUCAACCUUGGUCUAGGCUCACUGAUUACUCUGAAGAUGAUUGGUUAGCUAGCUCUGGGUUGCCUUCUUUGAGACUCAGCCUUGAUCUCUUUGAACGUCAAUUACCUAGCUUUGUGAUGCCUACAAUGGAUUCAUCAGCCAUUUGGAAAUCGUGUGAGAGAGGAUUAGGCGAAUUGAGGGCUUCAGCUAUUGGACCUGGUUUAGAGGCUCAAUUAGUCCAACAUUUAGAUGACACAUUACAUUUCGAAGAUGAACGGAGACAGUCCGAUCAAAGUGGUGAAGGCAGAUUGUGUGUGCUUUUAGAAGAGCUUAAUCAAUUGGAAGAAGGCUUAGGAUGGGACUCGAUCAUUUGUAAUUUCUUAGAAAGAGGUGUUAGUCUAGAUGUUCUAGUGAUGGUAGAUAGAUUAGAUGAAAGAUCAGAAGUCAAACAACGAAUGAAAUUUUUAAAAUGUGUGACAGAUAUUGAAAUCAUGACUAGGACCACAAGUAAGACUAGAAUCGAAUCGGAAUCAAGAUGGCAUCAAUUUUUCGUUUCAAGAAAUUAUUCUGUUUUAAUCUAUCCUAAAAACUCAAUGGAUCCAAUUGCUAAAUAUGUACUUGAACAUCAACUUGGAACAGAUUUCGGUCAGUUUAAAGAUGAAGAUGAAGAUCAUCAAGUCAAGAGAUUGGUGGCGAUUGGUUUACCAAGUGGAUCUGUAAAAGGAGCGGAUUGGAUCACUGGUCUUGAAUUACAUGCUUUACGAAGUUCAGUGUUUUUUGAAAUCUUCGACUCUCUUUCAUCAUUUAUUCAUACUCUUAUUGAAUAA